GGAGGAGGAGGAGGAGGAGGCGCGGCCGCUGCCUCCGCCGCCACCUGAGGGAAGGAGCCGGCUGGGAGCGGCGGGACCCGGCGCUGAGGUUACCUAACAGAAGGAGAACAUAACUCAACUGCUGUUCAGUCACCAUGGGGUCAGUUGUGUGGGAAUGUGGUUAAAUAUAUUCAUACCUUCACCUAAUACAUGCCAUAUAAUACUGAGAAAAGGAAAGGCAAGAUUUCUCACAUCUCUUCUCAAAUACAUCAUCUUCUGGACUGAGCUAAGAAUGUCAUCCACAAAGAGUAUUCCAGUUUUGAAGAAUCUUAUCCGAGGAUCGAAAAUACCGCUGCAGAAGUGAAACCUGAAGGUCCAUGAAAGAGCUUUCUGACUGGGCUCAGUCACUGGCCCCAUUCCACUUGUGGAAGGAUGGCUGUUAGCUGGAUGUUCUGGUACCUUUGGCUUUUGGAUGUUUUGGUGGGGCACACAAGAGGGCACAGUUUAUUUUCUUGUGAGCCCAUCAUCUUGCGGAUGUGCCAGGACCUGCCUUACAAUACCACCUUUAUGCCUAACCUUCUCAAUCAUUAUGACCAGCAAACAGCAGCGUUGGCAAUGGAGCCGUUUCAUCCCAUGGUGAAUUUGGAAUGCUCCAGAGAUUUCCGACCCUUCCUGUGUGCCCUCUACGCUCCGGUGUGCAUGGAGUACGGGCGCGUCACCCUGCCGUGCCGCAGGCUCUGCCAGCGGGCGUACAGCGAGUGCUCCAAACUCAUGGAGAUGUUUGGGGUCUCUUGGCCUGAGGAUAUGGAGUGCACCAGAUUCCCAGAUUGCGAUGAGCCGUAUCCUCGUCUUGUUGACCUCAAUUUAGCUGGGGAGCCCACGGAAGAGGCCCCAAUGGCAGUGCAGAGGGAUUAUGGUUUUUGGUGUCCUCAGGAGCUGAAAAUAGACCCCGAUCUGGGUUACUCCUUCCUGAGGGUACGGGACUGCUCCCCUCCGUGCCCAAACAUGUAUUUUCGGCGUGAAGAGCUCUCCUUUGCUCGCUACUUCAUCGGAGUCAUCUCCAUCGUCUGCCUCUCUGCUACCUUGUUUACUUUUUUAACUUUCCUCAUCGAUGUCACCAGAUUUCGCUACCCGGAAAGACCCAUAAUAUUUUAUGCCGUCUGUUACAUGAUGGUGUCCUUAAUUUUCUUCAUUGGCUUUCUGCUGGAAGACCGAGUAGCGUGUAACGCAUCGAGCCCUGCCCAGUACAAGGCCUCCACGGUGACGCAGGGCUCUCACAACAAGGCUUGCACCAUGCUCUUCAUGGUCCUCUAUUUCUUUACCAUGGCUGGCAGCGUUUGGUGGGUCAUUCUUACCAUCACCUGGUUCUUGGCUGCUGUGCCCAAAUGGGGCAGCGAAGCCAUCGAGAAGAAGGCCUUGCUCUUCCACGCCAGCGCCUGGGGCAUUCCUGGAACUCUAACCAUCAUCCUCUUAGCCAUGAAUAAAAUUGAAGGUGACAAUAUUAGCGGCGUCUGUUUUGUUGGCCUCUAUGAUGUGGAUGCAUUGAGAUACUUUGUCCUUGCACCUCUCUGCCUGUAUGUUGUUGUUGGAGUUUCCCUUCUCCUAGCUGGCAUUAUCUCCCUCAAUCGGGUGCGCAUCGAGAUCCCGUUAGAAAAAGAGAACCAGGACAAACUGGUGAAGUUCAUGAUCCGCAUCGGUGUGUUCAGUGUUCUGUACCUCGUGCCCCUCUUGGUUGUAAUUGGCUGCUAUUUCUAUGAGCAGGCUUAUCGAGGCGUGUGGGAGACGACGUGGUUUCAAGAACGCUGCAGAGAAUAUCACAUCCCGUGUCCCUAUCAGGUCACGCAGAUGAGUCGCCCGGAUUUGAUUCUCUUCCUGAUGAAGUAUCUGAUGGCUCUGGUCGUUGGGAUACCCUCCGUCUUCUGGGUUGGAAGCAAGAAGACCUGCUUCGAGUGGGCCAGCUUCUUCCAUGGGCGCAGGAAAAAAGAAGUUGUGAACGAGAGUCGCCAAGUGCUGCAGGAGCCAGACUUCGCUCAGUCUCUUCUGAGGGACCCCAACACCCCCAUCAUCCGAAAAUCCAGGGGCACCUCCACCCAGGGCACCUCGACUCACGCCUCCUCCACCCAGCUGGCCAUGCUGGAUGACCAGAGGAGCAAGGCGGGCAGCGUCCACAGCAAAGUCAGCAGCUACCACGGCAGCCUGCACCGAUCGCGCGACGGCCGGUACACCCCCUGCAGCUACAGGGGCGUAGAAGACAGACUACCUCACGGCAGCAUGUCCCGGCUGACGGAUCACUCGCGGCACAGCAGCUCCCACCGGCUGACGGAGCAGUCGCGGCACAGCAGCGCCAGGGACCUCAGCGGGAACCCCGUCACCCACAUCACCCACGGCACCAGCAUGAACCGCGUCAUCGAGGAGGACGGCACCAGCGCCUGAGGGACAGGAGCAGCCCCCGUGGUGGCACGGCACGGCACGGCCUCCCCUCCUUGGGGACUUGGUGGGGGGACACAACGCUCAGUAUGACCAUCCCACCCGGCAGCGGGGUGCUGGUUUCCCCCAGGUUGGCUUCUUCGUGGUGAAGCCACCCGUCUCGUGCAUGGAGGUGUUGAGCAAUCUGGGAUUCUUGAGGAAAAACAAACAAAAUAAUCUGGUUGCCUCUCCGGAACCCAGCUGUAGGUAAUUAUUUAUUCCAUAACUGGUACUCAGCAGGCACCGUUGCUGAAUUUCUGUGUCAAAAACCAUCUCCUCCUCCCCCCUUCCUCCAUCCCGAUGGCUCCAUGUGUUGGUAGGUGGAAACUCGCUGGUGAGGAUUGUGCUGAGAUGUUCUUUUUUCUUCUGGGUGCAUAAGGGGACUCUUGGAAUAUUGAAGGAAUUCCUCCUCCUGCCUCUGCCAUCCCGUAACGAUGCACUGAGAACUCCUUUCUGUCGAGCCCGGGGGCAGGGGACGGAUGUCAAGUGCUGUAGGAAGGACAUCAACCCCAACCCAACGGUGCUUUUAAUGGUUACACUGGAAACACAACAUGGGAAGGAGCAUUUUGGAGAAGGAGAAGGAGAAGAAGGAGAAGAUGACUCGGCUGAGGAUCACCAGCUCUUCCCAGAGCUGCUCGGGCUC